GAUCUCGCAUCCACCCAGCUGGAUCCACCUCGCGCCGUUCAACAUCAACUCGGAGUCUUAUAAGGGCGUUAGAUACCUCGGUUUUGAAGCCCCCGAAAUUUCUGAUCUAUGUCAUGGAAGACUGAUCUUCGCUCAUCUCACGUACACAACAUGCAACGAUGAGGCCACUGUCCGAAACAAAAUCGAGAUGGGAAGAGACCUUGAAGCACAGCUCUAGCUUUGUCAGCCUUCAGCGGGCAAUCAAGUUUAAUGGCCUUGAAAGUCCUUGCCUUUCCGGCUGCCGAUCUGUGUGCUGGAAGACGUUUUUGCUUUUCCAAGACUCGGCGCAGUCCGACUGGUCACAUAUCUUGCUAGAAGCAAGAAACAACUACAGUUCGCUCCGUGAUCAGUACUUGAAGUACAUCAAGCAUCCUGAAAAGCUUUCCGACCUUUCUCUCGACCCAUUGGCAGACGUACCCGACUCUCCGUGGGAUGCCGUUCGCCGAGAUGAGCUCCUCCGCGGAGAGAUACUCCAGGAUGUCCAGCGGCUCCCAGAUGACCCCUUCUACCACCAAGAGAAGAUUCAGGAGAUGAUACUAGACAUCUUGUUUAUCUACUGCAAGCUCAAUCCAAGCGCCGGCGGCUACCGCCAAGGCAUGCACGAGCUACUGGCCCCGCUCGUUUUCGUUGUGGAUCAAGAUGCGAUCGACCGCGAUGCCGCCCCUUCGGAUGGUGUGGUCGACCCGUCGAUGGUCGAGAUGCUGGACUCGUACUUCGUCGAGCAUGAUGCCUUUGCCCUGUUCUCGAAAAUCAUGGACCGCGCCGGCACGUUCUACGACGUGGGCCGCGCAAGUGGCAGUCAUGCAAGUGAGCAGAACAUUAUCGUCGAAAAGAGCCAACACAUUCAUGAGGUGGUCUUAAUGAAGCUCGACCCAGAGCUUGCAAACCACCUGAAGAAUAUUGAAGUCCUACCUCAAAUAUUCCUGAUACGAUGGAUCCGUCUCCUAUUUGGUCGGGAAUUUCCAUUCGAACAACUUCUGGUUCUUUGGGACACCCUCUUUGCGUUUGAUCCUUCACUGAGCCUCAUAGAUUUGAUUUGUGUGGCGAUGCUUAUUCGGAUUCGGUGGACCUUACUGGAAGCAGACUACUCGGUCGCAUUACAGUUGCUUCUGAAAUACCCCUCACCCUCGCAACCUCAUGGACCCCAUACUUUCGUAGACGACGCCCUCUAUCUAAGAGACCAUCUGAACGCCGCUGGCGGCUCAACACUAAUUUUAAAAUAUACCGGCAAGACCCCCGCCACAUUACCGUCGCCCAGCUCGCGUCCUUCGACGCCGACCUUCCAGGGCUUCACCUUGAGGAGCCGAACGCUCGGCGCAAAGUCGCCGCUAUCGAACCCUGCGAGGCUACUUCAACACCCGGGUGGCGUUGAAGCCAUCUUCCAAGGAGCGGCCAAGGGCGUCAUUGAGCGAGGGGAGAAACUGGGAAUCAACCAAGCAGUCCGAGACGCGAUGGGCGAAAUCCGGCGUAACAUGCAGGGAUUCAACGACCCUCGGAACCUGGCAAGACCGGGGCGAGGCUCCCCGGCCGACGACGGCCCAAUGCCGGCCGCGGUCGCGGUCCUGGAGCGGAGGAAUCGCCAACUCGCGGCGAUGCUAGGCGAAACCCUGACAGAUCUAGAGACAAUGGCGGCUUCCAAGCUCGACGGAGACAGGGACAGGUACGUCGAGAUGAUCGAGGCGGCCGCCACCAAGAUACAAUUCGUCAAGCUCCGCCUCCAGGACCCCUCCCUGGCCCUCCCCGGAGACGAGCUCCCCGCGAUCGGCACGCUCUCCCUCUCCCCGCGAGCAGAGAGGAGAAGGUCGCCCACGGUCGCGCUCGACACGACGCCCGUCGUGAUGACCUCGUCCGCGGCAGAGAGCGUGCGGUCCGCCCUCGCAUCCCCCGACUUCUCCGGCCGGUACGACGGGCCUCCCCACCCGCCCACGGCCCCCGGGGGAGAUACGGAUCCCUCGCCCCGCCUCCCCUCACCGACGCCAAGACCGCCAGAACUUUCCGCGGAAGACGUAGACCGCAUGGACACCGACCUCCCCGCGCCGCAACCAGCCCCAAAACCAAGCACCGAACCCGUCACCACCACCACCACCAACCGGCCCGGCCCUCCACCCCCUGAAAAGCCGCCCCGCCCCGCCCCGGGCCCCACCCCGAGCCGCUCGACCAUCGCGCAGUCCUCCUUCUCGUGGAUGCUCGAGCCCGAAGCCGCCAGCCCCUUCCCGUCGACGUCCAAUCCCACUUCUACCACCGCCUCCUCGUCGUCGUCGCCCUUGCGACCCUCCUCCGCCCGCCUGCCCCUCCCCGCCGACGGCGCCGCCACGCCCAAUAGUGGGGGGAGGAGGAGGAGGAGGGCGCCCGGCAGUGCUGACGCGAGCCGCGAGCGCAAUGCUUUUCUGUUUGGCGAGGUUGGGCCCGGGGGGUCCGAGUCGGGGUCGGUUGCUGAUGAGGUCUUUGGGAUGUUGCCUAUGGGAAAGGGGAGGGGGAGGGGGAGGGGGUGA